AUGGACAAGGCGUCGGUCUUCGGAACCGAAGAUUGCGGGUUCGAGUCCCGUCGUCGCUGUUUGAAAAACAGUUACGUUUAA